UGUAAAAAAAAAAAGAGAGUUCAUCAUUUCCAUUUUCCGGCUAGCAGGUUACGGCUGAAAUCUGACCGAUCUUCCCGUUGUCCUCUGUCGGCGACUUCUUUGCGCUCCACCUGCCUAAGAGAUUGAAACACAAUCAAACCAAUCAUGGCGUCUCAUUUCUUACAAGGUGUAUGCUGCUGAUUUCUUUGAGGAACUCUUUGCAGAAAUGGUCCUCAAAUUCAUUUUCCCAAAAAGAUGUCUUUUGGGUGUCACGGCCAACUCCUCUUCAAUCUACCAUCUCCAUCUUUUUCGAAGCUUUGCUCUCUGGUCAAUGAAGAAGGACCCUGAUCUUGAGUCUGCUCUGUCAAGAAAACAUCGUUGGAUAAUAAAUAAUCAGAUCAAGAACAUAAUCCUCCGAAGUCCUAACCAGGUCUGUUCGAUCAAUUUCCUGCAGAAAAAGUUUAAGACUCUCGAUCUUCAAGGUAAGGCUCUCAACUGGCUCAAAAAGUACCCCUGCUGUUUUGAUAUUUAUCUUGAUGGUGACGAUUAUCAUUGCCGAUUAUCGAAAAGAGUGAUGGCAUUAGUAACCGAGGAAGAAUCGGUCAAAGAAGAGCAAGAGCCAGUAUUCGCCAACCGUUUGGCUAAAUUGUUGAUGAUGAGCUCGAAUCACAGUCUCAAUGUUACGAAAAUCAACGAACUGAGGAGGAAUUUUGGUUUUCCCGAUGAUUAUUUGAUCAGAAUCAUACCCAAGUAUCCAGAGUUGUUUAGGCUUGUUAAUUAUAGUGGUAGAAAAAAUUCAAUGGAAAUCGAGCUUCUAACAUGGAAUCAUGAUUUAGCAGUCUCUGCCAUUGAAGUUGCUGCUCAAAAACAGGAAACCCUUCCAUGCUUUUCAUGUCACUUGCCUUCCACUUGGGUGAAAUCUCUGGAACGAUUUAAUGAAUUCAAUUCAACUCCUUAUAUCUCUCCUUAUUCAGAUCCUAAAGGUUUGACAGAAGAAAAAUCAAAUGAAAUGGACAAGAGAGCAGUAGGUUUGGUACAUGAACUACUGUCACUGACUCUGUGGAAGAAAGCUUCAAUCCUAAAAUUGUGUCAUUUUAGAAAGGAGUUUUGUUUGCCCGAAAGAUUGAAUGUUCUGUUGCUUAAGCAUCCAGGCAUAUUCUAUGUCUCAAACAAAUACCAGAUUUAUACUGUUCUUCUUAGAGAAGGGUAUAAAGGGUCUGAAUUGAUCGAUAAGGAUCCACUUGUUCUUGUGAAGGAUAAAUUUGGAGAAUUGAUGCAGGAAGGGCUUCAUGAGUAUAACAGGAGGCAUUAUUUGAUGAAUUUGGAGAAGAAGAGAAAGAAAUGUCUUAUUUCGGAGGCGAAGCCACAGAUGGAGAUGAGAACUGAGACUUUUAUUCAAGAAGAUCAAGAACGACAAGAAGGUGGCCUUACCAGUAUAUUGGAUCCAGAAGAACGAAAAAGGUUUUAUAAGAUUCUCUUUGAUGACAAUCUUACAUAGCUUCUUUUUAAAACUAGGCAAAUGUUAGUACUGCUUUGCUUUGAGCCAUUUUUCUUCACAAUAAAAAGAUUUUCACCUGCAAAAGAAUGCAAUAAAAUAGAUGCACAAAAUGUUAAAGUAAUGAAUAAAAUAAUACAGAUGAAUCAACUACACCUUUUA